ACAAAUGUUAACUUUGGGUCGAAGUAAAGACUGUGCGAAUUCUUGACGAUAUAUUGGAAGAUAUAUAGGAAAAAUGGAUAUAUCUGAUAACUCAUAGGUGUAUAUGCAAAGAUUUCCAGAAUAGUUCGAUGCGAUUGGCCACUUUUGGAGAUAUCGCAAGUCUGACUUGCAACUUUAUAUCUGUUGUAAAUCCUGCUUAAAAUUAGUGUUACGUAUAGGUUAUGUUUCACAAGUAUUUUACACCUUCAUUAAAUGCACUCCGAUAGUUAGCAUUAAUUGAAGAGCAUGGAAAAGAGUAAUUACACUAGUUCUUUCACUACUGAACCUGGAUUCUGUCCAGAUUGCGGUUCGAUUUUGCCUCUACUUGGUGAAAGAAAAGGAGUUACGUGUUACGCAUGCAAGAGAGAAUGGGGUGCUAAUGUUUUUGGUGAUAUGAAAAUGACACACAUUAUUCACUUUAACUCCAAGCAUACUUAUAUGUCCGGGAAAGAGGCUGACGAUAGUGAUGAGGAGACAGAUGGACCGGUUGUGGAUCGAAAAUGCCCUCAGUGCCAAAAUGACAAAAUGUCUUACGCUACUCUACAAUUGAGAUCUGCUGAUGAAGGCCAGACAGUAUUUUACACCUGUACUAAAUGCAAAUUUAAAGAAACCGAAAAUUCUUAAUGCUAUGUUGUAUAUAUAUUGUUUUUUGUCAAAUAUACAGCAAAUAAGAUUUUGUAUUAUAUUCGAUUAUUUUACAUGUUUAUAUUGUAACAUUUAUACAUUUUGAAUUUUCUGGUCAAAUAGUUACACACAAUCAAGAAAUCUUGUAAUAGGAUGUUUCCAGGUAAAACACUGCCUUAAUAAAACAUAGAGUUUUAUUUACUAUACACUCAACAAAUAGUAGUGAAAGAGAGUACAUAUAUCUCUGUUGUAAUUUUAUAUCUUUAAUUUUACCUCUACCAGGUCAUCAAUUACAUUAUCGUUUUACUAACAAUGCUUUGCUGUUACCUUAGUUAAGUAUUAAUUAAGUAAUGUUCUAUGUACAAUGUAUUUCGGGAUAAAAGUUAACAAUUAGUUUUAAUAAAUUCACAUCUUGAUCCACUCUCGAAAUUGUUACAGUGGUCCUUGCAUUAAAAAACUUCAAUAGUUCAGAAAGUUUGUUGAUAGAUUCUUAAUUCUAUGUGUGCAUUUACACAUUGGCACUAAUAUCUGCCCAUAGUCUAACAACAAUAAGAAGUAGAUAUGCUAUAUGUCAUGAUAAAGGAAAAAGUGGUAACAAACCAGUUAACUCUUCAUACAUAUUUUUUUUUUAAAUAAACAGCAGAAAUAAAAAUAUAAAAAGGAUUUAUAAUUGCACUUUCUUAACACUCUGGUAUACUUACAGCAUAAGUGAUAAAAUAAGGAGAGAGAGAGAGAGAAAUAUAAUAGAUAUAUAUUUAUUAGUAAAGAGAACGCAAUUUUCAAUAUUUAUAAAAAUUUUCGUUCUUAUACACAGUGCUUAAAAAAAAAAAAUGGUAACGUAUAUGAAGAAUUUGUACAUGUAUGAAAUAUACAAAGCCUUUCUCUGGGGAUCUGGAAAAGAUUCUAAAAAUGGAUCGACAAUGAUAGUAAAAAUAGAGACUCUCAAAGAUAAAAUACACUUGUUAGUGUAUUACACUUGUUAAUGUAUUUUAUCUUUGAGAGUCUCCAUUUUUACUAUUAUUGUCUUUUAACGAUAUCUUACGUUAUCAGUAUUGUUAUUCUAAAAAAAUGACCAAUUUAAUGUUAGUUUAGAAUUUUUUUUGUUUAAAAAAAUAACUUCCAUGUAAGUGUUAACAGUUUUUUUAAGCACCUUGUAUAUUUUAUAUAAUAAAGUAAUUAUGGAAUCAAUCUUGUUUAUAACAAUGCUGUUAUAUACAAUAUCUCUUCUCUUUUUUAAAUGCAAUGUUUAUACUUCCAAAUAUCAUAUGCAAAUUUUUUUUCACAGUACAUGGUUUAUAAAAAACAUGUUUUAUGAUAGAGUGUGAUUUUGGAAUAAGUAUCUUUUUUUUCAAAAAAAGUGCGUGAAAGGUAGACAACUUGCUGGCUUGUAAACUGUCUACUUCCCGGGUGUCACUUAGAAGUAUAAUAAAACAAUGUGUCACCUAACCUAACCUAACCUAACCCCAUGUUGACUUAUUUCAAAAUCACUCUAUGUAUGUAUAUAUGUAUGUGUAUAUAUAUAUAUAAUCUAUAUAUAUAUUUUUUCUUACAUUAUUUUUUAUGGG